AUGAAGCAAACCGGAACUCUUGUUGCCCUCGCCGGCCUGGUCUCUAUAGUCCACGGUCACGGUUUUGUCACCUCUCCCAAGGCUCGUAUGCCCGGUCCGGCCAUGAAGGCUGCCUGCGGUAACCAGGUGGAGAUCAACCAGCAGUCCGACAACUACGGCAACAUCCAGGGUGAGCUUCAGGUCGCCAAGAGCCAGAGCGACUACAAUGCCGAGGAGUGUGACAUCUGGCUCUGCAAGGGCUACAAGUUCGCCGACAACAAAGACAACGUCUACUCGUACACCGCCGGCCAGACCGUCGACUUCGUGGUUGACAUCCGUGCCCCUCACACCGGUGUGGCCAACGUCUCCAUCGUCGAGACCGCCAGAAACAUUGUGAUUGGCAAUACUCUCAAGUCCUGGACCGACUACGCCUCGACCGCCACUGGUGUCACCAAGGACGAGACCAACUUCAGCAUCACCAUCCCCGACAACCUGGGCAGCCAGUGCGCCCAGGCCGGUGCUUGUGUCCUCCAGUGGUACUGGUAUGCCGAGUCGAUUGACCAGACCUACGAGUCCUGCAUUGACUUCACCGUUGGUGGCACCCGCCCUCCCAGAUCUAGCUCCAGCUCCAGCUCCAGCUCCUCUUCGGCUCCUACCACCACUCCCAGCGUUGCUAUCACCACUCCCAGCACCGGAAACAACGUGGUCUCCAGCAAGCUUACCACUAUGGUCACCAGCGUGAGAGCGUCUGCCACCCCGUCCGCUAGUGCUAGUUCGUCUUACGUCUUUCCCCACGAGGGGCAUUGCCGAGGAGCAGCUUAG